GGCCUUCUGGGGGCUGCGCCUGCGCGGCUCGUUCCGGCCCGGGACUGGUGAGAAGCAGCGGUUUAGGGUGCCGAAGUGCCGCCGCAGUGCGGUCGCUUUUCCUGGUUGGGUGCGGGAUGCUGCUUCUGGCGUUGGGCGGCCCGUGGGCGGCCGGACUGCGGCUCGGCGGGAAGAGGACAGCAACGUGGGCCUCCACCGCGCUCCGAGGCCCCAGGGCGGUCGUCUCGAGGGCGGCCUCCUGCAGAGGCUCCUCAGGGCGCGUCGGGGGCACGGGGCUGUCGGCUGCCACGCCUGUUCUGCGUCGGGUGCGAGCCCAGAUACCUGUUUGUUGGGAAAGAGGUGUUCGAUGUUCACAUACACAGCUUGACAAAUCAGAAGAUGGAAGGCUGAUUUAUACUGGGAAUUUGGCCCGAACAGUAUUUGGUGUGAAGUGUUUUUCUUACUCUACAAGUCUGAUCAGCCUUGCGUUUCUACCAUACAUAUUUGCACAAAAUAAUGUUAUAUUUGGAAGUCUGCCUUUGCAAAUCUUAUUUUAUGGCACCAUAGGAAGCUUUACAGUGAUCACUCCAGCACUGCUUCACUUUCUUACAAAAGGCUAUGUCAUUCGCUUGUACCAUGAGGCCAGAACAGACACUUACAAAGCCAUUACUUACAGUGUUGUACUUUCAGAAAAAAGUACAGUAUUUCACCAGAAUGAUGUGAAGAUUCCAAACAGCACGCAUGUGUUUACUACGUUUUAUGCUAAAACAAAAUCAUUGUUAGUUAAUCCAGCACUCUUUCCAAACCCUGAAGACUAUGACCAUUUAAUGGGUUAUGACAAACCAUUCACUUUUGAUCUGGAAGAAGCCAGUGAAAAGAAACAGCUUAAAGAAGAGAAAUAAGUCUGCUUUUUGUCAAGCCACAUGGCAUGUGGGAUUUUAGUUCUGCUACCAGGGAUCGAACCGAUGCCCCCUGCAUUGGAAGGGUGAAGUCUUAACCACUGGACUGCUGGAAAAGUCCUGAGUUUGUUAUUUUUAUGUUUGUGCUUAAAUGUGAUUUGUGUUCCAAUGUAUGAUAAUUGCCUUUAUGUUUGAUUUUGUUAGUGAUUGAUUGUUAAAUAAUUUAAGUUGUAUCAGACAGAACUUUUAAUUUUCAGAGACUUGUGUUCCUUUAUAAUAAAAAAAGUUAUGUUUGAAAACAAAA